AUGUUGAGUGGCGACGAUAAAGGGACAAUCGCAAUGACUAGAGUCGACGAAAUCGGUGACAGUGAAGGCGAGAAUAUGUGGAAGGCAGACUCUGCUGUGGUGGAAGAGACUGAAGAGAAGACCACGAUCACCGCCUACUGUCGAAGCGGAGCACGAGAAAAAGGAGGAGGAGGAGGAGGACUAGACACAACUCGGCACUGCGGCCGUCGUUUACAGACUGACACAGCAACCAACGACAACGACGACUGGCGGCUGGAGGCUGCAUUGGCCAAACGAUCGUCGGCGCGCGUUCGACCGGGAUUUCGUGCGAGCGCGCCGCUUAAUAACAUCGCUUUAGUGGAUUCGGUGCCGCAAGCAUCUCCAAGAAACGACACUACCAACGCGAAAGAAGAAUGGACGCCAGGGAAAUUCACAUAUAUCACUGCUUGCGAAGGAGGAGUAACGAAACACGCGACGUGGGAGAACUCAGAUUCGAUAUUGAUAAGGGUCGACGAGGACAAACGAGCAAAGCAACUGAGGCGCAGUGAGGUGAUUGUCCUUCCGGAUUAG